AUGACCUUUAUUACAAAUCACAAAUACAAUAUUUGGUUCACAAUAGAGGUUAAAAAAACAGUUUAUGCGCGAAUACAAGUCCAAAAAACCGGCAUCACAACAACACUGUAUAAAGAGAAACAAGUCAUGAAUCACAGGUUUUCCAACCCAACAACCAAAGCCUCAUAUUGCAUUUGUUUCACAACAAAAUCUGAUGCAAGUAUCAAUCAUGGCCUAAUUCUGUCUACUACAAAUCACAAACAAAUUUGGUUCACAAUAGAGGUUGAAAAAACAAUUUACUACUCAGUACCACUCAGGAAGAGCAUCAUUGCAUACAAAAAUCAAAGCCCAACAAACAAAUUGUUGCAGCAAACAAAUUCACGAGGCCUCAUACAAUUUGUUGCACACAUAAUUAGACUUUCAAUAAUUCAAUCAUGGGCCUAA